AUGGAUGAACGUGUUAAAGUUCGUGAACUGUUGCGAAAUGCUAGGAAAGACACCGAUAAGUACGUCCCUUAUACUAGAGGAGAAGUAGUUUAUCGAUAUCGACCCAAACGAAAUAAGUUUGAACCCACAUGGGAUGGACCGUAUUAUAUCCACGAAGUCCUAGGGAAGAACACUUAUAAACUUCGGAAUUGGGACGGUAGUGUACGAGAAGCAACAUAUGAUGGAUCGAAACUGAAACCUGCUUAUAGCUAUUAUGGUUCACCCAUCCGAACUGCUGCUGAAUACACAAGAGUAUACGGUGACAAGGAAAGAAAGUACUUUAUAAACACCUUAGGAGAUAUAGAUGAAUUUAUAUCGAAAAGAACCUAG